GAAUAACCCAAAACGAGAAGGCGCUUGAUAAGUUCUUCCUGGUAGCCCCAGAGCUGUCGAACAUACUUCACGAGUUUGCAACAGAAUGCGGCAUUGACAACGAUGACAAAAGAACACAGCACCAUGAAAUCACAGGCGGGAAGCUAACCAGAAUGACGAGAAAUGCUGGUAAACUGACGAAAGUAUUCCGUGAACAUGGAGACCCAUUCAUGUCAACUGAAGAUGAGGACGAAAUUUACAACAUGCUUACCAAGGAAGUUAUGACUGCGAAAGUAUCGAAAGACAUUAUUGAACGUGAUGAGAUUGGACAACACAUGUUCGAAGAAUUCGUCACAGAACGCCUGACAGAGGGACGCCUUCCGGUGUGGGCCAAAAUGAAGAGAAGAAAGAUCGGGACAUACAAAAGGGCAAAUGCAGCGAUGGAAGUGACAGAGGGCAGAAAGGUGGUGACUAAUGCAUGUAAUAGUUUAUGUGUCCAAGAUAUGGACACGUCACCACAGCUAGAAUAGACCCAAGAAGAUCUUGCUAAGAACCAUGAAGUGGACACAGCCUCAAAGAUCGAAGACACCCAAGAAGAUGGUUCACCAGUUGAAACAGCGAUGGAUGUUGUCUUUGAGAACCAAGAGGCAGAAGAAUCACAUAUGAUACACAUCCCAGACGGAGCAACAGAGAUGCCAACUGGAAGCGAUGACACAGCAUCAACAUGUAAAGUGAUCAUUAUAGAUGGUAUGGCUCUCGUAAACGCAAUUCGGAAGACCGAGCAAAUUAAGACAUGCAACGACUUUGCACAAGCAUUUAUUGACCAG